UGGAAAGCGGGACAAUUUACCAUCUUUUAAGUCAACUUGAACGGGAUAGUGGAGUCGCAAUGAUUGGACUUCUGUUAUUGCUUCUGAGUGGAGUUGAUCCCACAGCAGGAGUGACUCACUCUCUGAAGUAUUUCUACACUGGAUCAUCUGGAAUCCCAAACUUCCCAGAGUUUGUGGUUGUUGGAUUAGUAGAUGAUGUUCAGAUGUUUCGCUAUGACAGCAACACCAAGAAGGCAGAACCUAAACAGGACUGGAUGAGCAGAGUCACAGAAGAUGAUCCAACGUACUGGAUGAGUGAGACUGGUGCCUGUGUAGGUAAACAGAAGAGCUUCAGAGACAGCAUUGAAAUUGCAAAGCAGCGCUUCAACCAAAGUGGAGGUGUUCACAUUCUCCAGAGCAUGUAUGGAUGUGAGUGGGACGAUGAGACUGGAGACGUUCAAGGUCAUUAUCAGGAUGGUUACGAUGGAGAAGAAUUCCUAGUUCUGGACCAGAAGAUGGAGUCAUGGAUCGCUCCAAAACAAGAGGCUGUCAUCACCAGACUCAAGUGGGAUCAUGACAGAUAUUUGAUGCAAAUGCAGAAAAACUACUUUACCCAGAUUUGUCCUGAGUGGGGGAAGAAGUAUGUGAACUAUGGGAGGAGCUCUCUGAUGAGAACAGAGCGUCUUUCAGUGUCUCUCCUCCAGAAAACAUCCUCCUCUCCAGUCAGCUGCCACGCUACAGGUUUCUACCCCAACAGAGCCGAGAUGUUCUGGAGGAAGGAUGGAGAGGAGAUCCAUGAAGGUGUGGACAAAGGAGAGAUCCUCCCCAACCACGACGGGACCUUCCAGAUGACUGUUCACCUCAGACUUCCAUCAGACUCAUCUGAGGACUGGACCAAGUACGAAUGUGUGUUUCAGCUGUCUGGAGACAACAACGACAUCGUCAAUGAACUGGACAAAGGACGGGUCCGGUCCAAUGGACCGAAACCAAACGACAUGAUCAUCCCCAUCUUUGUUACUCUGGUUGCUCUCGCUGCUGCUGCCGUCGUUGUCGCUGUGGUUGUCGGAGUCGUUCUUCUUUACAAAAAGGAAAUUCUUCCUUAUAAAAACAACAAAAAUCGUUCUCCAUCUCCUGACAGCCAAGACAGCAUGAAGCAAAUGCUUCCUAAAACUGAAUGACGAACAAAAAGCUGAACACAGUUCACGUUUGUAUUGAAGAAGAAACUUCACUAUCAUCAUGUUCUCUGAAAAUGUAAUGAAUUAAUUAGCUGUUCAUUUUUAUUGAUAAUUAGAUAGAAGUACCUGGAAUGUUGUAAGAAAUUAAGAAAGGGAAAUAAUAAAUUCGUAUUGACUUUAAUUCAAAAAUGUAAAGAGAGAAACAAAUGAAAUAUCUAAGUUGUUAAUUUUUUACUUUUAGCAUCUCCGUGAAUAGAAGACAUUUAUCUAAGAUGCUGAAAUGUUGGUAAAAUAAAUAAGUCACUUUAUUUUCCUCCAGGGAGAGAUAAUAUGUUUGUUAUAAACUAUAAAACAUGUUGAAAUGUUUUUUUAAACCACAGACAAGUUACAACUGCAGAAACAAUCAACAUUUUCAAAAUCUAAAUCUAAAUUCUAA